UGUUAGCAAAGUAAUAUGGACCAUAUAUCACUGAUGUUAAAAGUAUGAUAUGGCAUGGUUUAACGCUGGUUUUAGCUCUCUAAGCAGUAGCUAUGUUAAAGAAGAAGAAACCUGGUGGUGUGGAUUUCAGUGCGCUGAGUCGGCACGGGUAUCAUGGCAGACCAUCUAUACUGACAGUUGUUCCUCCAAAGGUUGAGCCUAUCCGGACUUGGUCCACCGGGAGUCUUUUGAAGAGCGGGAACACACAACGGCUAAAGACUUGUAUUUGGGAAAUGGAGGGAGCAGGUGUGAUGAACCCCCAGCCAAGGCAGACCGAGAAAGAGAAGGAGGUUGCUUCAUUCUCACAGAAGGAGAAACGGAAGAGAGACCGCGGACAUGCCAGCAGGGGUAAGAACUACGUCGAGGAGGAGAAGCGGCUCCUGAGGGGGAGUGGCGUUUACUCUGGCUUUGAUACUUGA